GAAAGAACAAGCAGGAAUUCUCGGUGCUGCAGAGCCCGGGAUAUAAACCAGACUGUAGAAGUUGGUGUAAGAAGGAGGGGACACACUGCUGUCUAUGGACUAACUUUCAGCUACUGUUCAGCGAGAAAGUGAGGAGAAUCUUUUGGGCACCAUGGAUGAUGACUUUGACCGCCGCAUGGAGCUGAGGAGGCAGAGGAGAGAGCAGAUGCGUGUAGAUUCUGAAAGGCCGGGUAACACCAACGAUGAUGACGAGGAGGAAGCACGGGAGCAAAGGAGACGUGCGAGGGAGGAAAGGAAGAAGAUGAGGGAGCCUGAGGAGUCUGAUAUUUCUGAUGCUAUCAACAGUAACAGUGUUGAAGAGAACGAAUCCUCCUCCACACCCACUGACACCAUCGAUGCUGGAGGUGCAGAUGAUGACCAGGCUUUGCUGGAGCGCCUCGCAAAGAGGGAGGAGCGCAGGCAGCAGAGAAUGAAGGAGGCAAUGGAGAGACAGAAGGAGUUUGACCCCACCAUCAGCACCCCUGACGGCACAGACGGCCCACUUGAAGAGGUGUCCUCCAUUAGCAACCGCAGCAGUCAGCAGCGGACAGAGGAAGAGGAAGAGGAGGAGAAGGAGAAGGAGAAGGAGGAGCAGGUGGCAGAAGCGGAUAUGAACUCCUGGAAAAAAGAGGAGGAGGAGGAAGUAGAGAAGGAGGAGAUUGACGCUGCAACAAAUGAAGAGGUAGAUCAAGGAAAAGAAGAGGACGUUUUUCUUGAUGUUGACAAUGAGCAAGAAGAAAGGAAGAGGAAAGAAGAGGAGGAAAGACAGCAAAAAGAAAUGGAAGAAAAGCUCAGAAUAGAAGAGAAGGAGAGGCAUCAAAGAGAAAUGGAGGAAAAGCUGAAGAGAGAGGAAGAAGAGAGGCAGCAAAAGGAGGAGGAGGAGAGGAAGAAGCGGAAAGAGGAGGAACAACAGAAACAAAUGGAGGAGAGGCUGAGAGAGGAGGAAGAAGAAAAAUUGAAAAAAGAGAUGGAGGAAAAAGAAGAGAAGGACAGACAGAAAAGGGAGAUGGAUGGGAGACAGAAGAAAGAGGAGGAGGAGAAGCAGCAAAAGGAAAUAGAAGAGCGGCUGAAAAAGGAAGAGGAAGAAAAACUCAAAAAGGAGAUGGAAGAAAAGAAGAAGAAGGAAGAGGAAGAAAAGCGGAGGAAAGAAAUGGAGCAGAAGAAGAUAAAGGAAGAGGAGGAAAACAAGAAGAAGGAGCUGGAAGAAAAGAAAAAGAAGGAGGGGGAGGAAAAGCGGAAAAGGGAGGCAGAGGAUAAAAAGAAAAAAGAGGAGGAGGAUAAAUGCAAAAAGAGAGAGAUGGAGGAAAGAAAGAAGAAAGAGGAGGAGGAAAAGCUUAAAAGAUUUGGUCUUAAGGAAAAGAAUGAACCAGCCAAACAGAACGGAUCCUUCAUUGAGAACAAACUCAAGAGAACAGAGAAGACGUCAAGGGACCAUGCUCCCUCCAUGAAGGCAGACGACGUGGAGCGAAAGGAGGCUGAAAAUAAGCUGCAGGAGCUGAAGCGCCGGCGAAACGACGCGGAGAGCGAGGAGUUUGAGAAGAUGAAGCAGAAGCAACAGAACUCAGAAGCCGAGCUUGAGGAGCUGAAGAAGAAGAGAGAGGAGAGGAGGAAGAUCCUGGAGGAGGAGGAGAAGCAGAGGAAACAGGAGCUGGAGGACAAGAAAGCCAAAGAACAGGAGGAAAGGAAGAGGAUGAAGGAGGAGAUAGAGAAGAGGAGGGCGGAGGCUGCAGAGAAGAAGAAACAGAAAGAAGAGGACACCUCAAAACCUUCCUUUGCUAUCAGUCCAAAAGGCUCCUCCAAGAUUGGAGAGAAGGCAGAAUUCUUGAACAAAUCAGCCCAGAAAAACACUGCAGCAAGAGUGUCACACACUCCACUUGUGUCCAAGAUAGGCAACAGACUGGACCAGUACACUUCUGCACUUCAGGGUAACAAAGAAGGCAAAUCCCCCAAGUCUCCUCUGGCAGAUAUUCCUACAGGAGGCACACGCAGCAUCAAGAGCAUGUGGGAGAAAGGCAACGUCGGCGGCUCCUCUGAAAGUCCAGCCCCUGCCAACAAGGACUUGGCCGUUAUCAGAGGAGGUGUGGCUGGACGUGUCAACAGCUGGAUGGCAAAGCCUGCAGAGCCAGAGAAGUCGACACCUGCACCUGCACCUGCAGCAGCAGCAGCUGCACCACCUGCAGCAGCAAAGCCGGCGGAAGUGAAACCAGGUGACGUUGGUAACAAGCGCGGCAUGUGGGAAACCAAGAAAAGCUCUGCACCUGCCAAGGUGGCAGUGGUAGGAAAGGGCAAGUUCGUCACAAAUGCAGGUGUAAGACCCUAACCAGUGACCCCAUCAUAUCAAUCAAACCUGACCAAACACAAGGCUACUCUGCUCCUGUGUGUUUCCAUUCCCCCUCAACACGCCUGUAUUUUAAGUUCCGAGUGAGAGAAAGACGAGGGACCGGGACGAGUGACGUUUGGGUUCCAGCUUUCACUAAAAAUCUAUUAAUUUGUAUUGAUUUGAUUGGUUUGAUGUUUUGAUAUUUUUCAUGUAGAAAUUUGUUGUCAUAUUAAACCACACCUUAAAUGAUUGAUAACUCAUGGGAUAGAUUUCAUCUUCAUUUUCGCUAAUUCAAAAACAGGACACUGAUCCACACUGAUCCACACAGAUCCACACUGAUCCACACUGACCCACACUGAUCCACACUGACCCGCCCCAUUAGAAGCAUUUGUGUUAUAUUGUUCUACACACGCACUGCUUUUUUGGGAUGAUAGUCGCAGUUUUAACUCUAUAGAAAGCAUGUACAUAUUACAAUUGUUUCAGUAGUUAGGCGCUUUCUAAUGAGGGGCUCUUUAAUGAGGAAGGCUUCUAAAGAGACAACAGGACAAUCACGGCUGUUCGUCCAUCAUGUUUGCUACAGAGAUUCUUCUUAAAAUUAUUCACAACAACACUUGUGAUCCUCUUCCUUUCCAUCUAGUGUCAAUAUAAAGGUCAAAAGGUCAAUAAAGUUAAUAAGGUAAAUACGGUUACCUUAAUUCUCCAAGACUUUGGUUUGUAAGCAAAUACCUGAAAAGAAAUCAAAUUCUCAUAAUCCUCAGCGGUAACAUUCUUUUAUGUUAAAGAGCUCAAAUAAGAUGAUGAGUGGGUGGAAUAAUGUCUUAUUGACUAAGAAGUCUAUAUGUCUUACAACCAAUUGAGUUAUUAGUGGAUUCCCUAGAUUUAUAACUAACAUAUUUAUAAAUAGAAACAAUAAAACCAGUCAACAGGUUAUUCUAAAACCUGGACACCUAAAACCUAUUCUAUUUAACGACCUAUAACUGAUAUAUAAAGCAUUGGUAAAUAGACUAUUAAUAAAGCUAUUGGUUUCCUCACACAGGAUCCUGAGAGCAGAACAUAAUAUCAGUGACUCAUUCUUCCCAGAGGGACAGCCAGAGUAUAACAGUUACAACAAUUAAAAGCAUGACAAUCAUUCUGUCAACAAUUCCUGGUUAUUUUGUAUUUUUGACUUGUGGCAGUUUAACAAUCACAUUAUUGUGUCGUAUAAGCACAAGAGGAAGUCAAGUAAAUCAUGUGCUAGACAGAAACAACGAAUCAGUGAUCAGUCAGCCCCCAUGCUUAUCCAUAAUCAGAUUACAUGCCACUAUCUUUGCAUGACAACUGCAUUAUGCUUUCAAGUUGGAAUAUUUGCUUAAGUGAACUUAAAGUGUAGCCUGGUGUUUCUAUCGGUGCAGCCGAGUUGAAAUCUCCCAAAAUGUAUUGUGAGUCUCCUGCAGUAUUUUUGGUUUGAAUGUUUGAAGUUAUUGUUUGUGCUUGCUUCAGCAAUAAAG